UUUUACUAGUAAUAAUAAUUUAAUAAAGUACACAACGGAGAGAAGCUGGCUGGCCUUCAUACUAUACUGCUGAAACUGUUCUAAAGCUCUUCAUACUUGUUUGAUCGUAGAAAAUGAACGCAAUAUAUAUAUAUAUAUAUAUACAUUACAUAGAAUCUAAAAUCUAAGGCCAACAAGGGGAUCCAAUUAAGCCUAGAUCUAUGCUUGAACGUAAUUGUGCAGAAUCAAAUUUGGAACAUGAAGUCAGAUGGACUUUUCCUCUUCAUGGCAAUGUUUGUUUGUUUAUCGAAGUAAACUGUGUGCACAUGUUAGGGAAGGAAUUCCGUAGCGUACUGUAGUGGUGAUCCUAAUCCUACCUCUAACCCUGACCCUGACCCAACCCCUUCCCCAAACCCUAACCAUAUUCCGUAACCGUUUCCCUCUUUUCUACUCUGUUUCUUAGUGGUCGCUCGUUUCAGAACCCCCCCCCCCCCCAAGCCCCAAGUGUUAAAGUGUUAGUGCUGUGUUAAAAAAUAAAAGGAUAGAGGGUAGUGUCAUCAUUGACAUUGUGACUUGAUAAAGGUGGCUGACACUUCCCACUCAAGAUCUAGAUUCUAGAUAUAUCUAGAUCUAGAUCUAGUACACAAAUGGACGCCAACUGUGAGGAAGACACCACAGUAACAAUGUAUAGACUAAACUCUGGAAAUGAUUAUGGCUCUGGAUGUGUGAAAACGUGUGAUUUUGUUCCUUAUUCUUCUGAAGAAGGUGUGAAUCUUGGGAUUGAUAGCAUAGUUGUUAAAGGUGAAUCUAGAUCUAGAUCUAGUAUGGCUACUCUUUGUACUAACAGUUUAAGGGAAGAUGUAAAACAUGACAUUAUAGGUAGGGCAAGUGAAUCUGUGGGUGUUGAUGAGGAACAUCUGUCAGUAAAAGGAGAGCCCAGUUUUGAAUGUCCAAGUAACGUCAAGGCCGAGACAAAUGACAAACUGAACGUUGAAAGUGAAAGUAGCCAGACUCUCAGACACAGUGUAGUAAAAGAUGAGCCUAUCUGUACAGAGGAGGAAGACGUGAAACCUGUCAUUAAACCAGAGUGCCUCACAGAUAUCUGUACGGUGAAAACGGAACCACUAUUUGGACAUUUUCCUGACUUUGGUGAUGAAGUGAAACCAAAAGUGGAGAAUUUUGUGAAAGAAGAAGUGUCAGAAUGGGAAGGUCCAGACGUUGUAGAGGUAGGAAAGACAGAAGGACAAGUGGGAGAUGUGGAGGAUACGUGUACUGAGCCCGUGUUUGUUGAGGAUCACAUGAGUCAGGGUGGAGGACUACAGCUGAAAAUCUCUAAUGUGAGAAGCUUGUGUAUGGAGCAGAGUGCCAGCCCCGACACAGAUGUUGUUGCUUCCAGUAGUCUAACUUCAACUUUCUCUGCCGAUCCAGUCACAAGUUCAGGAUCUGUUGUCUGGGCCAGCUGGGAUCACGGUGAAAGUUCUGAUGUCUCGACUUACCCUCAUAUGCCACUGACUUCCUGUCACCCGGUACAACAGACAAAUGAUAUGCUGAGAAGACAAGGUCAAAGUUCGAGCUGCAGAUUUCAGACAGGACAAAGGGUCUAUGAAGAGAACGUUGGCAGUGUCCGGAAAGAAACCUCUUCUGGUGACAUCGGUGCUGUGGAGAGAGUCUGUGACCUCCAUCAGAACAUAGCAGGUGACAAGCAGAUGGACAACAGAAAUCUCUACCAUGGUCUGGAAAAACCUCACGAGUGUAAAGUCUGUGGUGAAAUGUUUUCAGAAGUAGGUAACUUACAGACACACGAAAAAAACCACACAAGAGAUAGGCCUCACCAGUCUGAAGUUUGUGGUGCUGCAUUUACCAAGAGCAGACAUCAACAGGAUCACAAAGGAACACACACAGGAGAAAGACUUUACAAGUGUGAAGUUUGUGGUGCCACGUUUACACGUGGUAGCCAUCUACAGGAUCACAAACGAAAACACACAGGAGAAAGACCGUACAAGUGUGAAGUUUGUGGUGCCACAUUUAGACUCAGUGGACAUCUACAGAGGCACAAAAGAAUACACACAGGAGAAAAACCUUACAAGUGUGAAGUUUGUGAUGCCACGUUUACACAGAGCGGACAUCUACAGAAUCACAAAAGAAUACACACAGGAGAAAAACCCUAUAAGUGUGAAGUUUGUGGUGCCACGUUUACUCGUGAUAGCUGUCUACAGCGUCACAAAAGAACACACACAGGAGAAAAACCUUACAAGUGUGAAGUUUGUGGUGCCUCUUUUAAACAGAGUGGACUUCUACAGUGUCACAAAAGAAUACACACACGAGAAAAACCUUACAAGUGUGAAGUUUGUGGUGCCUCUUUUAAACAGAGUGGACUUCUACAGUGUCACAAAAGAAUACACACACGAGAAAAACCUUACAAGUGUGAAGUUUGUGGUGACUCUUUUCAUUGGAGCGGACAUCUGCAGCGUCACAAAAGAACACACACAGGGGAAAAACCUUACAAGUGUGAAGUUUGUGGUGCCACGUUUACACAGAGCGGAUCUCUACAGAGUCACAAAAGAAAACACACAGGAGAAAGACCUUACAAGUGUGAAGUUUGUGGUGCCACGUUUACCCGCAAUAGCGGUCUACAUAUACACAAAAGAAUACACUCAGGAGAAAAACCUUACAAGUGUGAAGUUUGUGGUGCCUCUUUUAAACUGAGCGGACAUCUGCUGAGUCACAAAAGAACACACACAGGAGAAAAACCUUACAAGUGUGAAGUUUGUGGUGCAGCUUUUACAUAUGGUAAAACUCUACGGUGUCACAAAAGAACUCACACAGGAGAAAAACCUUACCAGUGUGAAGUUUGUGGUGCCACAUUUAUGCAGUGCGGACUUCUACAGCGUCACAAAAGAAAACACACAGGAGAAAAACCUUACAAGUGUGAAGUUUGUGGUGCAACUUUUACACUCGGAAGCAGUCUACAGCGUCACAAAAGUACACACAUAGGAGAAAAGCCUUACAAGUGUGAAGUUUGUGGUGUCUCUUUUAAACGGAGUGGACUUUUACAGCGUCACAAAAGUAUACACACAGGAGAAAAGCCUUACAAGUGUGAAGUUUGUGGUGUCUCUUUUGAUUGGAGCGGACAUCUACAGCGUCACAAAAGAAUACACACAGGGGAAAAACCUUACAAGUGUGAAGUUUGUGGUGCCACGUUUACACGUGGUAGCUGUCUAAAGCGUCACAAAAGAACACACACAGAAGAAAAACCGUACAUGUGUGAAGUUUGUGGUGCCUCUUUUAAAUGGAGCGAGGGUCUACAGAGUCAUAAAAGAACACACACAGGAGAAAAACCUUACAAGUGUGAAGUUUGUGGUGCCUCUUUUAAAUGGAGCGAGGGUCUACAGAGUCAUAAAAGAACACACACAGGAGAAAAACCUUACAAGUGUGAAGUUUGUGGUGCCACGUUUACACGUGGUGAUUCUCUACAGAGUCACAAAAGAACACACACAGGAGAAAAACCUUACAUGUGUGAAGUUUGUGGUUCCUCUUUUAGACGGAGCGGACAUCUACAGUGUCACAAAAGUACACACAGAUGAGAAAGACUUUACACAAUGUGAAAUUUGCGGUGCCAGGUUUUCUUAAAGAGACCAUCUAUGGAGACGCAAAAGAACACUUGAUAAAAAAAUGUAUCAAAUAUUUUGGGACAUACUCUUUGUGGUCCACACGAUGACUGAAGGGUAAAAAAUGAUCUAUCUAAAGAAGGCCAGAUACAGGUGUGAAAUUUGUGCUGCAAUGUUUAACUAACUGUGGACUGGCUGCAGGCUAAAGGACGUCAUUUUGAGGAUUUUUUUUCUUUUAGUUUUGUUUUUAGUAACAGUUUUAUAGC